AUGCCUCUUCAGACCCGGAUGCCUCGUCCGCCGAUCCCUCCGCAGCAGCAGCAGGUCCCCACUCACCCCAUGAUGUCAUCGCCCUCCCCCCUGCAGAGCCAGACCCCCCAGACCAUGCCCCCCCCACCUCAGCCCUCACCCCAGCCGUCCUCUCAGCCCAAUUCUGUGAGCUCUGGCCCUGCCCCCUCGCCUUCUGCCGGGUUCCAGCCGAGCCCGUCCCCCCAGGCCCAGAGCCCAUCCACUGCACGCACCCCUCAGAGCUACAGCGUGUCCUCCCCUGGGACCCUCAACACGCCAGGUAACCCCAGCUCGGUGAUGAGUCCAGGUCAGUCCCUGGAGGACCAACAGUACAUGGAGAAACUGAAGCAGCUCAGCAAAUAUGUAGAACCACUGAGUCGCAUGAUCAACAAGAUCGACAAGAACGAAGAUCGUAAAAAGGACCUGAGCAAAAUGAAGAGUUUACUGAACAUCCUCACUGACCCCACCACCAGGUGUCCUCUGAAGACGCUGCAGAAGUGUGAGAUCGCUCUGGAGAAACUCAAGAACGACAUGGCAGUGCCCACCCCCCCUCCCCCUCCUGUUGUAGUAAAGCAGCAGUACUUGUGUCAGCCGCUCUUGGACGUCGUCAUGGCAAAUCUCCGCUCACCGGUGUUUAACCACAGUCUGUACCGCACCUUUGCCCCGCCCAUGGCCGCCAUCCACGGCCCGCCCAUCCUGGGCCCUCACAUCUCUGGGAAGAAGCGUCGCUGUGAGGAGGAGGACAGGGCCUCGGUUCCAAACCUACUACAGGGGGAACUGUCCAGACUCGACACCAAGUUCUGUGUGAACCUGGACUCGGGUCUUCCGAGUCACAGCGGGACCAUGAACCUGCUGUGUAGACUGGAUGAUAAGUCCCUGCCCAGUGUUCCUCCGCUGCAGCUUGUUGUUCCUGCUGAUUAUCCAGAGCAAAGCCCCCAGUGGAGCCAGGACCAGGAACUCUAUGAGUCCAACCCGUUCCUUCAGUCAGUCCACAGGAACAUGACGUCCAAACUGCUGCAGCUUCCAGACAAACACUCAGUGACAGAGCUGCUGCAGACAUGGUCCCAGAGCGUGUACCAGGCCAGUGUGAGGUCGCAGUCGCCCCGAGGGACACACCAGGCCAGUGUGAGGGCUGCCACAUCUGCCUGA